AUGCAACCGGUGAACAUGUACUUCAAUAUGUCCGAGUACAUGAAGCCAUUCAAGCUAUCUGCUAAGUGUUAUAUCACAAGGACAGUGGACUUCUUGAGAGCUCACCUUAAGUCCCAUGAGUUGGACUGGUUCCUAGGACACCCGCAGUUCAAACACUUCUUCCAUAUGCCGAAUGAUGCCAAUCACAAAUUGAUGGGUAUGUGGAUGUUGCUUCUCCGGACGGCGUCUUUAGAGAAGAAAAAUGAAUGUUGGUUCAUAGUUCUUGCUUUUGAGGCAAUUCCUGUUCUUAAGGAAAAUUUCCGAGAAGGUGAUAUUGAAAGUAUUUUGACUCCAUCAUCACGUGAGAAACGUCUUUUAGGUCGUGUCAUGGAUGAAGAGAGUCGCUAUAAUGAUGUAGAUUAUCCCGUUGUUGAUGGUUGGACCAAGUGUUUAAUUGAUGAAGAGAAGUCAAUAUGGUUUGAAGAGCUUUACAACCAAGAUUUGGCCACCCGGGAGAAUCCGGAAGAUGUGAAUCUGAAAAAUGUGAUUUCGGAAAAUGUAAGUCUGGAAGAUGUGAACCCAGUGGCUCCGGUGAAUUUGGCUCAGCUAGGAGCUAGAUUGGUUCAGGUAGAAGAACAAGUGAAGCAAGGGUUUAGGGAAAUUAUUGAGAAGGUUGAUAGUCUGGAUAACAGAGUUAAAUCUGUGAAAUCAUAUGUGAGAUGGGCCUCAGGUGAAAAUGAAUAUUAUACGAAUGAAGGUGUUGGAGAUACGAAUGAAGGUAUGAAUGAAGGUGGCAAUGGAGAUAUGAAUGAAGGUGACAAGGAGCAAGCUGAUAUGGAGCAGGCUGAGAAGGAUAAGGUUGAGAGGGAGCAUGCUGAGAGGGAGCAGGCUGAGAAAGAGCAAGCUGAGAGGGAGCAUGCUGAGAAGGAGCAUGCUGAGAGGGCUAAGGCCGAGAAGGCUGAGAGGGCUAAGCCGGCUAAGACCGAGAAGGCUGAGAGGGAUAAGGCCGAAAAGGCUAAGACCGAGAAGGCUGAGAGGGAUAAGGCCGAAAAGGCUAAGGCCGAGAAGGAUAAGGCUGACAAGGAGCAAGCUGAUAAGGCUGAGAGGGCUAAGGCCGAGAAGGAUAAGGCUGACAAGGAGCAAGCUGAUAAGGCUGAGAGGGCUAAGGCUGAGAAGGAUAAGGUAGACAAGGAGCAAGCUGAUAAGGCUGAGAGGGCUAAGGCCGAGAAGGAUAAGGCUGACAAGGAGCAAACUGAUAAGGUUGAGAGGGCUAAGUCUGACAAGGAGCAUGCUGAGAAGGAACAAACUGAGAAGGAAAAGUCUGAGAAACCCGAGACCGAGAAGGAGAAGGUUGAUGAAGAGAAAGCACAACUUGGUACAACUGAUGAAGAGACAGAACAACUUGGUACAGUUGAAGAAGAGAAAGAACAAUUUGGUACAGUUGAAGAAGAGAAAGAACAACUUGGGACAACGGAAGAAGGCCGAGAGGAAGAUGUUGAGAUGGAACAUGUUUCUGAGUUCCCAUUAUACAACUGCAUUUAA